AUGGAAACAACGCCUUUAAUUAGUCGACCUAAAAAGAAAUCUUUACUGUCAAGGUUAUUCACUGGUUGGUUUAAACAAAAGGAGCUCUGUUCUAGAGUAAUAUAUCUAGGUCAGCUACCAGAUGAGGAGUAUCCUGCCAAUCAUGUAUGCAAUCAGAAAUACAGUAUUAUUACAUUCCUGCCUAUCGUCUUAUUCGAGCAGUUCAGGUUUUUCCUGAACCUGUACUUCUUAGUGAUGGCCCUGAGUCAAUUUAUACCAAGUAUCCGUAUCGGUUACUUGUACACCUACUGGGGCCCAUUAUGCUUUGUGUUAGCUGUAACACUAUUCCGAGAAGCUAUAGAUGAUUACCGAAGAUAUAGACGCGAUAAAGAGGUCAAUCGUCAAAAAUACGAGCGGAUAGUACUAGAUACACCCAGUGAUGGAUACCGCCCCUUCGUCACACAACAGGUGCCGGCUUCGGCUUUACGUGUGGGUGACAUCGUGAUGCUACAUAAGGGCCAAAGAGUCCCUGCAGAUAUGAUUCUUUUGAGAACAAACGAGACUAUGGGUACUGUGUUCAUUCGGACUGAUCAGUUGGAUGGUGAAAUAGAUUGGAAGUUGAGGAUUCCCCUGCCAUCCACACAAAAAUUACCCACCGAUGCGCAUUUACUAGACAUAAAUGCUAAAAUAUUUAUUGAGAAACCAGAGAAAGACAUUCACUCUUUCAUUGGGACAUGUACAAGGCUGGAUGAAGAGGAAAGUGACUCUUUGGAUAUUGAAAAUACGCUGUGGAGCGGUUGUGUUGUUGCAUCUGGACAGGCUACGGGGCUCGUAAUUUAUACAGGGAGUGAAACGCGAAGUGUCAUGAACAAUGCAGCGCCAAGAUCCAAAGUGGGGAGACUUGAACUGCGGGUGAAUGACUUUACGAAAGUGCUUUUUGUGGCGACAUUUUUCACAUCGUUCCUCCUAAUCGCUUUGAAAGGUUUCGACGGGCCCUGGUACGGCUUCCUGUUCAGAUUCGUGUUGCUUUUUUCCUAUAUCAUUCCUAUUAGCUUAAGAGUCAAUCUAGAAAUGGGAAAAGUGUUUUACUCGUGGACAAUACAGCGCGAUAAGAAAAUUUCUGGCACCGUGAUGCGUUCAACCACAAUCCCUGAGGAAUUGGGCAGAAUACAAUAUUUGCUAGCUGAUAAAACCGGGACUCUCACCAAGAACGAGAUGGUAUUCCAGAAGUUGCAUAUCGGUAAUGCCCUUUUUGACAAGGACAAAUUUCAUGAAGUAGAAGCACUCCUAACUCAGCAUAUAACGAAGGACAGUCUGUCGGUGCCCUCGACUCCGAACGGUGACGGAUUGCCAUUUUCGCCUACUCCGAAGCAAGUGUGGGAGAGUGUUUUGGCCCUCGCGCUGUGCCAUAACGUAACUCCAGUUUACGAGGUGGACGACCAAGUGGAUGAAGCUCAGUCUGACAUGGGAAGUUCUAUAAUGUCAGAGAGCUGUGGCGGAGCGGUGCCCCAGCAGCAACUAUGCGAUUACCAAGCGGCAAGUCCCGACGAGGUCGCAUUAGUCAAGUGGACGGAUAUGAUGGGAGUGUCCUUGUAUCGUCGUGACCUACACAACAUCGCGCUCAAGCUACGGGCUGCCAACCAGAUCUUGUCGUUCAGCAUUCUGCAGAUAUUCCCGUUCACCAGCGAAUCGAAGAUGAUGGGCAUUAUUGUGCAGGAAGAAAUCUCGGGCGAGAUAACGUACUAUGUAAAAGGUGCUGAUGUAGCAUUUUCCAAGCUAAUACCCUCCUCGCUCGCGACUGAGUGCAGUAACCUCGCCGCAGAAGGGCUACGAACCUUGGUCGUUGCUAAGAAGACCCUUAGCAAAAACGAAUAUCUCGAAUUUGAAAGCGAAUACAAGGAAGCGCGACUGACCGUGACCAACCGCAGCGAGCGGACCGCAGCAGCCAUGGCCCGCUUGCACCGUGGUCUUACAUUGCUGGGCCUGACUGGAGUGGAAGACCGAUUGGUCGACGACGUGCCACGCACUUUAGCUAUGUUGAGAACCGCUGGGAUUAAGAUUUGGAUGCUGACCGGAGACAAGUUAGAAACUGCACUGUGUAUCGCACGGUCGCUGCACCUGGGCGGUGGGUCCCGUUGGAUGACGGCGUCCGAGUGCCGUUCGCGGACAGACGCACAUCGGCUUCUCACCGCACUGCGAAACGCACAAGAUACCGACCUCAUAUUGGAGGGGGAGACUCUAGAGGUUUGCCUACGUUCGUACGAAGAGGAAUUUGUGGAAGUGCUGCGUGAGUGCACCGGCGUGGUCGUGGCUCGGUGUUCCCCCACGCAGAAGGCGCAAGUCGUGCGCUUGUUGCGGGCCAGGGGGCUGAUAGUGGCCGCCGUGGGGGACGGUGGCAACGACGUGGCCAUGAUACAAGAGGCGGAUAUGGGUGUGGGAAUAGAAGGCGCGGAGGGUCGAGCGGCGUCCUUGGCCGGUGACGUCAGCAUUCGCUGCUUCUCGUUCUUGGCUCGGCUGCUCCUGGUCCACGGGCGUCGCUCUGUGAUGCGUUCGGCUGCGCUGUGCCUCUUCAUCGUGCACAGGGGUCUGAUCGUGUCGACUAUGCAGGCUGUGUUCUCCGUCGUUUUCUAUUUCUCGUCCGUAUCACUGUAUCCUGGAUUUUUGAUGGUCGGCUACGGCACCCUGUUUACUAUGUUACCUGUGUUUUCACUCGUGCUCGACAAGGACAUCUCUAGUGCGUCCGCGCUACGGUAUCCGCAACUUUAUAAACAAUUGACAAAAGGACGGCAGCUCUCUUACAAGACCUUUUACAUAUGGAUCGGAAUAUCGAUUUACCAAGGUGGAGUAAUAAUGUAUGGUGCAUUAGUGCUCUUCGAAGACCAACUCAUACACAUAGUGGAGAUCAGCUACACGGCCCUAAUCUUGACGGAGCUGAUCAUGAUAGCAUUGACUGUGACCACUUGGCACAAGCUGAUGGUGGUGGCGGAAUUGGCAAGCCUGCUCAUGUAUACAGCGACACUGCUUAUAUUUACAACAUACUUUGAUGGCGACUUCAUUCGACACUGGGAUUUCUGGUGGAAGGUGACCACGAUCACCCUACUGUCCUGUCUACCGCUCUACAUUGUCAAAUACACGCAUAGAAAGUGGCGCAUGCGUCAGUACAAAAACAUCGUGAAUUGA